AGGUUACAAAGAAUUCGAUAUUGAAUCGACUGAUAGCGCUGAAAGAACAGAUUCAAAGAAAUUGGAUAUUAAUUGUAUUAAUGGUCCUAGAGUAGCAACAACUACAGGAGUAUCAACAUUUGUAGGAUUGACGACAGCUGCAGGAAGUAUUCUUGCAGAAUCAGCAGCACAAGCUGU